GCCAUGUUUUGACAGCGAAAGAUUUUGACCGGUUUGCCGCUAGGAACAUAAAUGGUAACUUUUUGAUACAAGGCUGGCUGACAGGUGUAAAAACGAAAGAGUGCCAAUAACAUCAUUUCCAUGUGUGAUCACAAGUACAAACAAACCUUCUUCAUCAGUUCGCUACACCACAGCAAUCUGUAUCCAUGGCACAAGCACGUAUUGGUCGAACAGAGUAUACAGCGCUUUACACCUGUGCUCGUAUUAUCCUUAUCUUCGUUUGUAAAAAUUGUGCACGUAUCAAAAAAUGAUCACGGAAACAAAAUUUUAUUAACACUGAAAUAUCGCAGUACCCCACGAUGAACAAGAAUAACAAGCUGUGCAAAAGUAUUUUGGAAAUAAACAAGGAUAGAUACGUUUUCAAAGUGAUGCAUGAUGACGAGGUGGUAAAGAAAUACGAGCUAAGCAUGGGCGCGUUUGAUGAGUUCAUAAGAGACAGACGAAUUGACGUGGCGGGAGAAGACACUCUAAAAUAUUUGGAUGGGCUUGUGAAGGAGAGGGAACAUAUGGAAAGUGUGAAAGAGCAGGAUGAGAAGAGCAUGGUAAAAUUAAAAAAUGUUUUUGGUGACGGGCAGGCGAACUGUCUGAAUGAGGCUCAGGGUGAUGAUAAAGAGGAGGCAGGGUCUAGUGAGAAUGUUGUGGUCGAACAAAAUGCGGUCAAGGACGAGGAUGGUGCUCCUGCUGCAGGCAAAGGUACGCAGAUAAAUGAUGAAAUAGCACGGGCAUGGCUGAGUCUUACACACAGAAAGGAAUACUCGGUUCAUGAGUACAACAAGUUCAAGCUCAGCAACGAAAUAGCAGACAUGGAGAAAUACUUGAAAAACAAGGCUGACAUCCUAAACGACAAAAUUAUUUACAUGGACAGCAAAAAAAUAAAGAACACAUACGUAGAGGAGGAGAAGUGGUCUGCACAUGAGCACAGUCUGUUCCUCGAGUAUUUUACGCUCUUCAACAAGAAGUUUCAUGUCAUAGCAAAGUUGCUAAACAGAAAUACCAAGGACGUGAUUCUGCACUACUAUCACACCAAGAAAAAGGAGCGGUACAACAAGAAGAAGAAUGGCAGGCUGUCCGACAGCAAUCUUAAAGUGAUGAUUGACCUGGAAUGGACGGAUAGCGAAAGGAAUAAAUUUGAAAGGUUGUAUGAUUUUUACGGGAAAAAUUGGAAGGCGUACGAAGGGAGUUUUAUGGGGAAAAAUGUGAGUGAUUUUAAGAGUUAUUACAGGUACUUGAGCAAGAACAGGGAUGAAGAGAAAGAAAGCAAGACAAGCUGCAACAAAAACGUGGAUGACAGCGGAGAGAGCGUGGCUGUGUGUGAUAGAGAUGCGGAUGACAAUAAACAGGGCAAAAUAUUUGAUCAAGAGAUCGGAUGUGCUGAGCAGUGCGAAGAAAAGAAAGAUAUGAACAAAGAAGCGAAAGAUACAGCAAACAAAACAAAGCCUAAGACAGCCGCAAGAAGAGGAAGAAAAAGAGGAACGGCAGCAAAGAGAAAGCCGAGUUAUAACACGGUCAAAAAACCAAAAAUAGAAAAAGAAAACAACGUUAACACCAAGCAAAAUGUCCUUGAGGAAUGGACCAUUGAUGAACGGCAGCUGUUCGCCAUCUUCUAUCCCUAUAUUGGGAAGAAUUGGAAUGAUCUGUCGCAGUACAUCACCACAAAGAAGCCGAGCGACUGUAGGACCUAUUUCAAAUUUUAUUUUAAGAAUUUAUCGCUUGCCGAGCAGAAGCUGGAGGCUGCGAUGAGAAGCAUAGAGAGAAACACACUAUCAGUGCCAAGCAGUCCACGCAGAUUGAAUGAUGAUGACAUCAUUGAUGAUGUAGGGAUUAUCUUUAAGAAGUGAGAGAUGCGUGCUUGCUAGGCCGUUAUACUGUAAAUACCUAUUUAUAUUACGGUGAAAGGAAGAACAGCUUGCCCUAAAAAUCGAGCAUUUAGCUGCUGUUCUACGGUACUGACAAUUCAUAGAGCGCUAUUUAAGGAUUGCCCUUCGCCGCAAGUUAUGCGGUAAAAGACGGGUAGGUCCAUUAAAUUUUUUGAAUGACUUUCUUUCUGUGGAGGACAAAUGAACCGUCGUCCUGCAACAAAGUUCCAUCCGUUCUGUAAGGUUGUAUUUACUUAACUUUUACACUGUUGCUCGAGGAGGAUCGCUGUUAUUGUAGGAGAGUGAUUUAUUUUUGGUAUGGGGGCAGUGUUUCAAACACCGUGGUUACUUAAGAAAUAUUCUUUGUUCAAUGCUGGCUGUCUAAACAAUAUUUUCAGCAGUUAUCUUCUCUUUUUACACGAGAAGAUAAUUUUUUUGGCAAUCGCAUUUAAUCCAUGCACCAUACCCGUAAAGCACCUGCUAUCAUAAAUAGGAUGAGAACACAUUCGGGCACCAAACUUAUAACGUAAAUAUUUCUAUCAUUCAAGGUAUUUUCUAUUUUUUGUAGGUAUUUGAUGCUUUUGAUUUCGAGCUCCUCCGUUUCGUUACCAGUCAUUUAUGCAUUGGAUGUUGUUCAUCGAUAUAAAAGCCGCAUAGAGAUCAGAACAGUGAAAGAGGCGCUUGGCAAUUGAGUUAAGAUGCAAAGGACAUGAAGGUAGAGACAGCUGCACAACACCUAACAUUGUUUAAAUUAGACUUUUUAAAGGUACUUCCAUACACUAGACGGGCACAAACAUUCAUUGUUGUUUAAUGAGGACAUGCCAUUAAAUGUUAACGUGGAGACAAUGAUUCACAUUUAAGCUGCGUGCCUUUGUUUCAGAGACAGCAGCGAAAUGAGCAUUUUAUCAUACUUGCGCGCUGCUCCCCAUAACACUGCACUAAGAUAGGUGUUCAACUAAAAAUCACCGUUAAAAACAGUA